GAAGGAAGCUCAUGGCUCGUACGAAGCAAACCGCGAGAAAAUCACAUGGAGGAAAAGCUCCGAAGAAGCAGCUCGCCACCAAGGCGGCGAGGAAAUCUGCGCCGACCACCGGUGGAGUCAAGAAGCCUCACCGUUACCGUCCUGGAACCGUCGCUCUUCGUGAGAUUCGUAAGUACCAGAAGAGCACAGAGUUGUUGAUCCGUAAACUUCCGUUUCAGCGUCUUGUUCGUGAAAUCGCCCAAGAUUUCAAGACGGAUCUGAGAUUCCAGAGUCACGCUGUGUUAGCACUUCAAGAAGCUGCGGAGGCGUAUUUGGUGGGUUUGUUUGAAGACACUAAUCUUUGUGCCAUUCACGCCAAGAGGGUUACGAUUAUGCCUAAGGACAUUCAGCUCGCUAGAAGGAUUCGUGGGGAGCGUGCUUAGAGAUUUGUUCUAUGUUCUUCUAUAUCUAGGGUUUUCGUUUGCGUUUAACCAAAGCUACAAUGAUCUUGAGAGCUUUUUUCGAGAUAUUAUGAAUUUGGUUAUUGGAUGAUAUGAUAUUUCCAACUGUUUGCUUCUCUAGAUUGAACUGAUGAUGAUCAUUGUUCUUGGACAUGUGUUCCUCAUAUUGCAAAAGAAAAAUUAUUAAUCCACUUUUGUUUCUU